UGUAUACCCGCCAAUCUUCAGCCAUUUACAAUUGCACCUCCGCUGCAACAAUGGCGGUGCCCUCUGCGUCUCUGUUAAGCAGGAGCUCAGUUUCAGAUCCGACGAAUUUCUCGCGUACCAGAACAACACCGAUCGCAGCAUGCUCUUUUCCGUCUUCCAGCUUUCGGAAGACUGAGAUCCGGUUGGUUUCACCGGCUAGAUUCUCAUCUGCUUCGAUUAGCCUCUCGCCUUUGCAUCUACUCUGUCCAGUUCGGCGCGGAAUGGAUUGCAGGACUUUCUCAAUCCGAAUCACUGGCGAGGCACCCGAAGUGACUAAAAGAGUUUAUCUUGAAGUAAGGAUUGGAGAACCAAAAGAGAAGCUUGGAGGCAGAAUUGAGAUUGAACUGUAUGGUAAGGUUGCGCCAAAAACUGUCGAAAACUUUCGAGCUCUAUGCACAGGGGAGAAGGGGUUCGGGUACAAAGGUUCCACGUUCGACCAUGUUAUAAAGAAUUUCUAUAUUCAUGGAGGCGCUUUUCGAUAUGGAAAUGGUAAAGUUGGCAGAAGCAUAUAUGGAGCUGAAUACAAAGAGGAAACUAAGUUGUCUGAAAAUGGAGCUGGAAAUAUUGUGAUGAAAAGAAUUAGGGAAAAUGAUGACGCCUACGGAAGCCAAUUUCUCAUUUUGACCAACAUGACUCCAACAAAUCCACUUGUGUUCGGAAAAGUUUCGGAAAAAAGCAUGAACAUUGUGAAAUUAAUCGAAGAGCAAGAAGUUGAUGGACCGAAAGGUCGUCCUAAGAAGAAGAUAGUUAUUUGCAAAUGCGGAGAAAUUGCGAAAUAAAUUUCAUAGACUCGACAAUUUGGACAAUGCCCCGUCGCGGCCGGCGUCCUUUUUAAUAAAAAGGAAGAGUUAGAUGUGUGUAUGUUCAAAUAUAUAUAUUCAUGUACAAGGUAAAUUAUAUAUUUUUUUUUAUGUCCAUAAAGUUUAUAUUGAUUUUUUUA